CACUCCGGCCUUCCCGCUCACCCGCGCUGAGGCGAUUCUGACGAGGCGAAUAAUUCCCGCGCCUUCAGCUUUUCACGAAACAGACCCAUACAGAAAUAAGACAAGAGCUCAGGAAGCAAAACCUAUAGCCGGUUCUCCCGUUGCUCUCCGUGACGUGUACCGCCGUGCACGCAGCCGCCCUGCUGCUGGUGCUCGCGCUGCGCGGGUGUGUGAUCGUGAGUGCGCGCGCGCGUCGUGGCCGGGGCUCUUGAGCAGCACGCGAGUGUGUCCCGUUUAACGGCUGUCAUGUCCAAACUGGAGCAGGUUCUGAUCCUCGACCCGCCGAGCGACCUCCGCUUCAGAGGACCCUUCACAGAUGUGGUGACCACUAACCUGAAGCUGAGGAACCCGUCCGACAAAAGAGUAUGUUUCAAAGUGAAGACCACAGCCCCUCGCCGCUACUGUGUGCGGCCCAACAGCGGCAUCGUCGAUCCCGGCGCCACCGUCACCAUCUCAGUCAUGCUGCAGCCGUUUGAUUACGACCCAAACGAGAAGAGCAAGCACAAGUUCAUGGUGCAGACCAUCUUCGCGCCGUCCAACGUGAACGACCUGGAAGCCAUGUGGAAAGAUGCCAAACCGGACGACCUGAUGGACUCGAAGCUGCGCUGUGUGUUUGAAAUGCCUUCAGACAAUGAUAAGAUGAACGAGCUGGAAUCGACCAAAGCUGUGUCUGUUCUCAACGCCUCGAAGGCCGACGGCACGUCAGGAGCCAAAGCCGGCAGUUUGUCCAUGGACGACACGGAGAUGAGGAAACUCAUGGAGGAGUGCAAGAGACUGCAGACGGAAGUGGGGAAACUGCUAGACGAAAACCGCCAACUCAAGGAUGAAGGGCUGAGGAUGAGGAAGGCCAAUCAGUUCGACAGCUCCGUCUCCAAGUCUUCGGCGAUGCUGAGCAAAGAUCCGGCCUCCAAAUCGCUGCCGUCGCUGCUGGUCGUCAUCGCCGCCAUCUUCAUCGGGUUCUUCCUAGGGAAGUUUGUCUUGUAGAGGUGGAGACGGGCCUGACGGGCGAAGCGUGCGUUCUUGUCGAUAAGCGUCGCGUCGGCGCAGACGUGCCCUACGGCAGCGGAAAUAAACGUGUCUGUGUACAGGAUCAUUCAAACGGGCCUUGCCUUUCUCACACGGUUAGUACACACACAGCAGACAAACACUCACACACACACACUCACACACACUCACACACACUGUCAGAAACGGGCCGGCGGCUCGUCUCGUCUCUCCCUCUUUUCCGCCGUCUGUGGUUCCGGGUGGGUUUCUCUGGGGUCGGGGAAGAAGAAGAAAUUGUCCAUUUGUCCGAGCAUCACUAGCAGCCCAACGGAGGCACUGUGUGUGUGUAGAGACCUGAAAAAACAACCUAUGAAUAAAUAAAAGGACGUGUUUCUCUUUC